AUGGGUCGCUACGAGCUCGAGUAUCCCCAGGACGCAACAAAUCUCGUCAAGAGGCAUGGCGAGCGAGGCAUCUACGCUCUCGAAAAGAUCCAUUCUCUGAUCAACUCCAGCCAACUCAUCCAUGUCUCAUUCAACGUCCCCAACUCUCCUUUCCCCGUCACCCUCCCCAUGAUCGGCCAAAUGGGUUCUUUUGACCGCCCGUCCGCCGACACAAGCGACCCUCUAGACCUCUAUAUCCAUGGCUACGUCUCCUCGCGCCUCUUCAACCUUGGCCGCGCUGCCGGCGAAGAAGGCAUGCCCGUCUCUUGUGCCGUUUCCCACGUCGACGGUCUCAUUCUCGCCCUCUCCGCCUUCAACCAUAGCUACAACUACCGCUCUGCCUUGCUCUUCGGUCAUGCCACCCUCGUCGAGGACCUGGAGGAGAAGAUGUACGCCAUGGAGCUCAUCACCAACUCCGUCGUCCCAGACCGCUGGAAGAACAGCCGCUUGCCGCCUACAAAUGCCGAAAUGCAGAGCACGAGCAUUCUCAAAGUGAAGAUUGCUUCGGGAAGCGCCAAGUUCCGCCAGGGCGGCGUUUCGGAUGACAAGCAUGAUUUGGAGAACGAGGAUGUACUGAACACAGUCUGGACGGGUGUGGUGCCCAUUUAUUCGACCAUGGGUGAGCCCAUUCCCGGUCCGCACAACCGGGUGAAUCUACCGAGUUACGCAAAGGAGUAUUUUGAAAAUUUCACCACGGAAAAGAAGAAACAGAGUUUGGACGCGGCGAACAAAACGACCGAAUAG